AACACAAUAGCAACACAAAGAGAGAAGUACCACCACAGAAACAGCGUCCAGCCAAGUUUAGUUGGUAGAUUUUUCUAAACUGCAAGAGGACUCUAAAGAUCAGACUUGUGCACAGUAUGGUGGCCUACACGACUGCACCUGGUGAUGUGGAGAUGGGUCCUGAGGAGAGGACGGUGGUGUUGGUGGAAAAGAAAUCCUCUGCUGUUCGGAUAUGGAAGGUGUCCGUGGCCCUUCUCACUGUGGCCCUUUGUAUAGGAGGUGUCCUGCUGUUUGCUUGGUACUGGAGCGGAAAGCCAGACAUCACGACGCAAUCAGGCCAAAGAGAAGCACUAAUCAAGUCGGACACUGCUGAGAAAACAGAUCCCCACUACACUUUGAGUCGAAUCGGCAGCAAAGCCAAGGCAGCAAUCCACUUAGAGGGUAACUACGAAGACUGCGAGAGUUCGAAACACCAGCUCGAGUGGAGAAACGGUCAAGGCCAGGCGUUUGCUCAGGGCGGCUUCAAACUGGUGAACAACCAGAUCAUUAUCCCACAAACUGGCCUCUACUUCGUCUACAGCCAGGCGUCGUUCAGAGUCUCCUGCAGCGAUGGCGACGAGAAGGGAGCGGGAAGGCGCCUCAUGCCUCUCAGCCACAGGAUCUGGCGCUACUCAGACUCCAUAGGCAGCAGAGCCUCGCUGAUGAGCGCCGUGAGGUCAGCGUGUCAGAGCACGGCACAGGAGGACAGCAACGGAGACGGAAAGGGCUGGUACAACGCCAUUUAUCUGGGCGCAGUGUUUCAGCUGAACAAAGGAGACCGACUGUGGACAGAAACCAACCAGCUAUCGGAGCUGGAGACCGACGAGGGCAGAACCUUCUUUGGUGUGUUUGCACUUUGAAAUGACUCUUUAAUGUGAAACAAAGAAAGUCGAUACGAAGCUCUGCAGAUGCCAUACGUUUUGGCUUUUUUUUUUUUAUGUAUUUUGUUUUUAAUUAUUAUUCAUCUUCACAAUGAAGUGUUUAAAUCUCAAUGGAGAUAAAGCUUGUAGCCGAACAGGCGGUGCUGAUUUUUUAUUUUUAUUUUUUUAAAUCCUAUAAACUGUAACAGUUUGCAAUAUUAUUUCUAUUUUAGGCACUUUUUUGUACAUUAUUUAUGCUGACCUGAGAUUGUAGACUUUCUCUGCUGUAUCAGAUACAGACACAGCUCUUCGUUGAGAGAGUUUAGGAUUAUGUACAGAACUGUUAUCACGUACUUUUACAACCUGUGUAUUUAUUUGUAUUUAUUUAUAUUUAAAUUGUUGGGAUUAGGUUUUUAAGAUUUUAUUUAUAUACUUUAUGUGCACAUACAUUGAAUUAAAAUGUGAAAAAAAAGUCACAAGUACGCAUAAUGAACUCAUUUCAUAGCUGAGAUACCAAACAGAAAUUUGAGUUGGCAAACAGCUCCAGCAGUAGCGCUCUCUCUCUCUCACACACACAUACACACACACACAUGCACUGCAGCGGGCUCGGUCUACUAUUUGGCAAAAGUUGCGAUGAAAUUCCUCCACAGCCAGCAAAUACUUCCUUUGUUAGAUCAGACACGAUGAGGGGAAUUUCCUACUUUUUGUGCUGCUGCGGAGUGCUGUGUCAGGUGGAGGCCCACAGAAGCCUCAGCCCAGAGCGGGUUUUCCCCAGUGACACCCCCCCACCACCACUACCACCACCACCUCCACCCUCUCUCCCACACACAACCUCCCCCCUCCUCCACACCAUCCUCCCUCUAUUACCACAUACUUCAUCUUCAGUCAGCUGGAAAGAGACAUGACAUUAGAGGGUGUGUGUGUGUGUGUGUCUGUGUGUGUGUGACUGUUCAGUGUGUUUAUGUGUGGGACUGCAGCACAGCUGGCUUCGUCACAUUGUCAUCAUGUAGAAACCCACAUUAUACAAAUGUCGGAUGUACUUGGGAGCCAUUUGUCUCCUUUAGUUUCUUUUUAUCCACAGACAUCCACUUAUUGUCUCAGUAACGAGGUUCCCGCUGGCCUUCACAGCUGGUCACUGUGCUGAAAACCACUUCCCCCUCUCCAUUUAAUGAUCUCUUCUUCUGGGUUUAUUUGCUCUUUGACUCCCGCAGGCCGACCUGGAGAAAAAUAUCAAGUUUCACUGACAAAUAAACUCAACCAGACAGAGUUAAUUGCUCCAAAGGUCAUUGUGAGUCAGAAAAGCAAUAAAUAACUGGUGACAUCUAGUGGAUGA